AUGCUAACUGCGUCUAAGGAUCAAGAACUUCCCAAGAACCCAUUUAUAAUAGGAAAAUCUGUCCAGCAACUCAUCGGCAAGGUCGAAGAUGCAAGAUCCAUUAAUAACGGAACAAGUUACGUAAUCAAAGUUCGUGACGCAAAGCAAGCUGAAAAACUUCUUGCGAUGAAAAAACUCUUCGACGAUACCGAAGUAACCGUUUCCUACCACCGCCUUAACUUUAGCAGAUGUGUCGUUACAUGCCAUGACGUAAUCGACAUCGAUGAAAAAGAAUUGAGCGAGGAGCUUAGACCACAAGGUAUAACCAACGUGAGACGUAUACAAAGAACCGUCUCAGGAAAGAAAGUCAACACCGCUACACUCGUGCUGACUCUCUCUGGCACAGUAAUCCCCGAAUUUUUAUAUUUCGGGUUACUUAGAGUUAAGACUCGCACAUACUAUGACCAACCCAUGUUGUGCUAUCGCUGCUACACGUAUGGUCACACCAAAAACAGAUGUGAAAAGCCCCAACUGUGCCAGAACUGCUCCAACAUACAUGAAGAAGAAGAAUGCCGUUUCCCUGCAUACUGUUUGAACUGCAAAGGCAAUCAUCCUGCCAACAGCAAGAAAUGUCCGAUUUACGAAUUUGAGAAUCGUGUUUGCAAUGUAGCAGCUGAAAAUCUGGUAUCUCUAGGCGAAGCGCGAAAAAUGGUCUCAGCCGAAAACAGACCAUCCACCUACGCUAACGUCAGCAAACUACAACAGCGGCUUGAAGAUGUCCGUAGCAACGACGAAAUUCUUCGCUUAAGGACUGAAAACCAACAGCUUAAGGAACAACUACAAAAUUUCCAGACUCUAAGUGCAGAAUUUGAGGCAAUGAAACUCAAACUAGCAAGCCUUGAGAGACGCUCUCCAAUCUCACCCAAACCUAGCACUGCAAGCCGAACAACACGUAAAACUUUUAAAAAUAAAACACCAAAACGCAAAUGCAGGAUAUCUUUGCACACAACUCCACUUAAAAGAUUAUCACCAUCGACAUCAGGGAGAGGAAAUGUUUUCACUAUAGGCAACUCCGAACUUACAUUCUUGUCUCCAUCGGCCGGCUCAGACGAAGUAGAAGAGCAGUUAUAUGAUAUUCGCUCUACUAUGGACACCUCUCAACCCCUGUUCUCUGAUGAUGGUGGAGAACACUAG